GCAUGGCAGGCACUCACUUUAACUGAAGCCCCUCACUUUCCUCACAUAAAAUUCAUAUACAUUUUUUUCCUUCUUUUGGUAGCUACUUUUGUUAGUAUGCCUUUUUUCUUCUUCAAGGGGUGUUAACAAAAAAGAAGCUGCAAAACGAAAAGCUACAUUUUCCAUGGAUUUAGGGUGCAAGAGGUAUGUGGAUCUCCAUAGAUCAGGCUUUUUUCUCACACGGGAUUGCAAACUGAAGGGAUCAUCCAACAAAAAUGAACAUGGAGAAUGAGAACAUAGAACCAGUGACUGAUUUAGGACUUGCGCUGGGGUAUUCCAGUUACAGCAUUCAGAGAAGAUUAAGCAAUGAUCUCGGUGCAGGUGCAAAUGCAGCUUCAAGGAUUGACAUGACAUUUGUGACCACCGACCCCCUGUCAGAAUUAGUUUGGUCUCCACACAAUGGUCCCAGUCUCAAAUGUACUGACUGCUGCUUUUCUGAUAAGAAACAAUCCCUUGUUUGGGGUGCAGGACCAAGCAAUGUGAUUCUUUCACCACAACAAAUUAAUACAUCUUCAAGGUCAAGUGAUGACAAGCCUAUAGAUGAAGAAAAUCUCAAUACAUCCAUAUCCUCGUCUCAUGAUAUGAAUACUAAAGUUGCCCAUAUAGAUAAUUCAGACAAAUCUGUUAGGGAUAAUGAUGGCAUCAGGUUGUGUCAUGAGCAGCAGACAGACAAUGAUAAUUCUUUGCAAGGAACUGCUGGCUUUCUGGAGGAGAUAAGCACAAAGGGAGGAGAACCUCAGCAAAAUCUUAUGGAAAAGAAUGAUCUAGUAGAUUCUAAAGGAGCAUAUGUCUGUUGUCCAAACAAUAGCCAAGUGGCUGAAAUAGCUGAGGCAAUGGAAAACAAUUUUCCAAGUUCACCAGAUGAAAGAAAACCUGAUGUGGCACAAAUUGAAUCUUCAUUCAACUAUCUUGAAGCCAGAGAUGUUGGCAGUGGGACUCAGUUGUCAAGAAUGGAGAUGGUCUUGGCAUCUGAAGUUCAUACUUAUAAAAAAUGCGAAGCACUUGCACCUCCAGAGGAACAUCUGACAUCCCCUGGUAGAAAACAAGAGAAAUCAGCUUCUUUAAUGGAAAAAAAAGGAAAAAGAAAGAUGAAGGGGGGCAUUUCUUCUAGUCUUUGGCCUUUGGAAAAACUUGAGGCAACUGCUGAAAAUGAUUUGCCGACUCUGAUAGGUGAUAAUGUAUGUGUUGCAACAAGCAAAAUUUCAGGUUCAGAAUCGGCUUCUGAAGUUGAAAAGAACUUUCAGCACCAUAAGGGGAUACCUCCAAAGAAGAUGUCUACUGAUAAACACUCUCCAACCAACAGCAGAAUCCAUAGAUUUAGUAGAAAAGGAAAGGAAAAAGUUUUAUCUGAUGGAGAUGUUAAAGGAAUGAUGUCAAAAGAGGAGGAUGACAGCCAUGAGAGUGUUGAAAGUUGUAACAGCACUGGAUUAUUCUCUACAGGCAAAAAACGAUGGGGCUUCGAGCAGGAGUUGAUUGUGGGGAGCAAAAUAGUGAAAAAGCAAAUUGAUGAAAGUCCUUGCUCCUCAUCAUUUGUAAAACAAGAUAGCUCCUUCAUGAACUGGAUAUCAAACAUGAUGAAAGGAUUUUUGAAAUCAAAAGAUGAGACACCACCUUUGGCGCUUACUGUUGCAAAUCCUAAACAGUCGCAUGAGGGUCCUGAUAAGAAUCUUGAUGCAAACAAUAAGAACCAAGAUCCUGGAUGCAGAAAUAUUGGGUUUCAAUCUAUUUUCCAGUCAAUAUAUUCUCCAAAGACUAAGGUCCUAGGAGCAACAACACAAAAUGAAAAUUAUCAAACAGGACUUGAGCCGACUGACAAGAUUUGUGACAUUGAUGCUACUCCAAUCGCCUGUCACGGAGAAAAUUUUAACUUCCGCAAAGUAUUUCUGCUAUCAAAUGAAAGGUUCAAAGAACCAAUUUCUGGUGGCAGAGCAGGUCAAUCAACCCAGCCAAAGAUUUCAUCCAUGAAUUUUUCUCCCAUUAAGAGAAGUAGUGAGGGCAAUUCUGCAGAGAAUAAGAAUUCAUUCAACUUGGCAGUAGGAAUGGAGAAAGAUAGAGCAAGCUCCAGUUCUUCUUUGGGUAAACGUAAGGCAAUCAACCCUGAGAACAUUGAUUCUGACCCACCAUCUGAAAGAAAGACAGUUCAUAGCAUUGGUUACAAAAGCAACCUUCUUGGGAGCUUGUGGAUAACUCGGUUUACUCCAAAGUCUUCUAGCUCCUUGUUAAACCAGGAUACCGCUGGGCCUGCUGAGUGCUUGAGUGACUGCAUGAAGCUUAUCCCUUGCUCCCAGAACAAUUUUAAUGCUUCUAGCAACCUCAAGAUUAUGGAGGCUAGUCAGAAAUGUGCUGAAAAGCCACUAACCAGUUCUGGUAAAGAAUUACCGAAUUGUGCUACUGAAAUUGAGGCAUCCAUUGGUUUCAAUAAAAUUACAGUCCAAAAUGACCAGAAAUCCAAAUAUAAAGUGAGCACCAUUUUACCAUCCCCUAGAUUAAAAGAUUCAGAGGCAAUGGCUUCUCUUUUUGCUAGGAGAUUAGAUGCCCUCAAACACAUCAUGCCUUCUGGUGUAUCAGAUAGUACAGCUUCUUCAACUAUUACCUGUUUCUUUUGUGGAAGAAAAGGCCAUCAUUUGCAAUAUUGUCCAGAGAUAACAGAUAAUGAGAUUGAAGAUCUUCUAAGGAAUAUGAAGUCAUCUAGUAGAUUGGAAGAAUUACCUUGUGUGUGCAUUAGAUGCUUUGAACUUAAUCAUUGGGCUGUUGCAUGCCCUAAUACAUCCUCAAGAGGUCAACAUCAAUCAGCGCAUAGGGCUUCUUUGGCUAAUCUCUGUAAACUGCAUUGUUAUGCAAGAUUUGAAGAGCAUAAAAGACUUUUAGAUGACAAUGAAGAUGCUAUUGCUUCACCUACAGUUUGCGAUGGGGUUGAUACUGGAAAAGGCCCCGGUACUGAUUACGGGGUUACUGCAGAAAAAGUGAGAUCAAACACCAAUGUGAAUAAGAAAUAUGUAGCUUACAGUUCCAAGGAAAUUGAGUUGAAAGAAAACCAGAUCACACCUUGGGGUAAUUUCAUCAAUCAGCAGGUUUCAGGUAUGCCGAAGGCAAUCUUCAGUGCUGUUAGGAUGCUUCGUUUGUCACGGACAGAUAUCCUAAAGUGGACGAAUUCGCAAAUAUCAAUCUCACAUCUUGAAGGUUUUUUCCUGCGUUUGCGGCUUGGAAAGUGGGAAGAAGGAUUAGGGGGAACUGGAUAUUAUGUUGCCUGCAUAACUGGGGCACACAGACAGAGUACACAGCGAAAUUCCAAGAGUUCUGUUUCUGUUAGUGUCGGGGGGAUCAAAUGCUUGGUUGAGAGCCAAUACAUCUCCAACCACGAUUUUCUUGAGGAUGAGCUUAUGGCAUGGUGGAGUGCAACCACAAGGAGUGGUGGCAAGAUUCCAUCCGAAGAAGAAUUGACAUCAAAAGUUAAAGAGAGAAGAAUGUUAGGCUUUUAGGCACCCCUUUUUGUCUUUUUAAUAGUUUCAGCUGUUGAUAUGCGUUACCUUUGUCUGCACCAUAUCAAGGUAGCUAUGUUUUCUAUUUCAUACAAAUUUUUUAUUUUUUGCAAUCACUUUCGUUUUUUCUCUCCUUUUUGGAGUCUUUGGACCACCAUUUUUCUGCACUUGUACGUAACUUCACCACUUCAAGCUCUAGAAUAUAGGAGUGCUAGGAUCAGAAUUUGAGAUUUUCCUUCUUUUUUAUCACCUUUGGUGAGGAUCUUAUAAUUUUAAGUCAACGGGGAAGAUGUUCUUUCA